UCUGGCGCAGUGCGAGCCUCCCGAACUUCAGGUGACGUACGAUCCUGACCUCAACGCAAAGGUCGCCUCCGCUCUCGAGCGGCGUCUUGGGCCAGCGGCCACGGUGGGAGCCUACUCCGAAGCACUCGCAGACGCUCAUGUUUGCGUUGCUGCGUGGAAUUUGAUGGCGCGCCACUCCACACAGCCUGCCAACGAGCCGGUAUCACACCAGCCCGAGGUUUUGUUCUGUGCGGCUGUCCUUGCCCACCUGUCUCCCCUAGCAACACUAUUGCUAACUGCGACGCUAUCAUGACCGCGGGUGAUGCUGGGCAGUCUGCGGUUGGCCGGCGCCGGCGCCGGUGGGGUCCUGCACCUCUUGUUGGUUCGGGCACAGCGGAUCUCGCAGUGCUCGAUGGCCGUGCCGGCAUGGAGUGCAAGGAGACCAGCUCGCUCAAUCAACUGAUCAUUGAGACCCUCGUACAGGCUUCGCCAACCUGGCCAAGUGCGAAGAUCAACAUUAUCUCGCGGGCCUUGCCUGGUAGGCCGGAGCGCAAGCUGCCCUCGUCCCUUGUUUUCUCUGUGGACCAGGUGAUGCGCAUCGGGCAGAUUUUUCGGGAGAUGCACGCGAACCAUUGGGACUACUUAAUGUCGGUGGACGACUCCGCCUAUGUCCUUUACGAGUUGAGGGAGCGCAACCACCUCAUCGUUGGAGACGCCGUCGCUCGCCAUGACUCCAAUGCCCGCGCGUCACUCCCUCUCCUGGGAGUCAUGGUGGCACUCAUGUGUGACGAACCCACAGGCCAGGCGUUACGUGCGUCUCGGUUCAUUGAGAGCAGAUCGAACCGAGCGGAGACGUCCAUUCAUGGGGCUUCUGCGCCCAAUAACAAUAUGGGGUUGGACGGAAUCCCCGGGGCAAGUUUAGGGCAGGACAGUACCACCCCGUCCGCUGCCGGCGACAGCCUCGGGUCCGGCGCGCCAGUUAACUGGUCGUGUUUUAACUCUGUGAGUUACAUGUGAGCUCACGCGAUCUGGCAUACAGCCAACGCACCUUGCCAUCGACUUCUCCCUUCUUAGCAUCAAUACAUGCCCAAUCCGAUUCGCCCGCAUGAAGGCAGACUCAGAUAUGACCAACAGUGACGCAGGCUCCACUCUGAACCCCCAACUGCGACGGCCCCGGCUGGUUGGCGAGUCGUCCACGGGCCCAACGACACCACCCGAAGGCGAGAUCACUGAGCCCGUUGUUCACGUUGGCAGGCGUCUCGGUCGAGGGCGCACAGGUGAAACA